AUGAGUGCUACAACAACUAUAACAACCGGGUCGAUAAACCAGAAGCCCAAGGUUGUCAAUGGCAUCUUUACUUAUUAUGAUGGUCCCAAGCCGCAGGUUGACGAUACUUCGAUGCUCUGGGGCAACAACAAACACUUGAUCACUAGAACGGAGCCUGUGAUAGACCUCCGCAGCCUCCGCAAGCCGCUGUCGGAAUACAACCAUGACGAAGACGGAAUCCAGAUUCUGCACAAGCCGGAUAUUUCCGUGCUCAAAGGGAACCUGUACGAUCACGACUAUGUGCAGAACCAUUAUCGACAGGACCUGGGGAAGUUUAUCAAGGAGAAACUGGGCCUGCGGCACUGCAUUCUCUGGGGCCAUCUGGUCCGCGAUGUGCCCCGAGAGGUGCACACCAAAGUUGGCGAGAAGCAGGUGGCGUACCCGACAGCCUCUGGUACCACGGCUUUUCAUCUAGCCCACGUAGAUUUCUCUCCUGCCGGCUCUCGUGCGUUCCUGCGCUCUGCAGGUACCCCGGAUUACUUCAAGAUCCUCAACAAUAGCUACAUUCCUGAAGAGGAUCGUGCCGGCUUCUUUGCCCUACGCGAGAGGAUCAUCGCCGCCGAGGAGGCCGCUAUGCGCAAAGCCGGUAUCGACCCUGAAGCUGAGAAAGACGGGCAAGGUGGUCAUUGGGACUGGGACGGCAGUGGUUAUGAUGGCCCUCGCUAUGGCGUGGCAACGCUCUGGCAGCCUCUCGACGAAGUAAAACGCGACCCUGUCGCUUUCUCUCUGUCUCCGGACCGUGACCUUAAGUACACCGGUCUUCGCAGGAAGUACCAUCAACUUGGCCACGAAUCCAUGGGCGAGUUCUACUUUGAAAACAUGCUCGUGCAUCCCGAACCUCAACAGCAAUGGGCCUACGUCAGUAACCAGAAACCAGAAGAAAUCUUGUUCAUGAAGUUCUACGAUACGAAUGCAUUGGAGAGUGAUGGUAGUACUAAGAGUAUGAGGGUUCACGGCGCGUUCCAUAUUCCUGGCACCGAGUCUCUGCCACCUAGACGAUCCAUCGAGACUAAAUUGUUUUUCAUGUAUGAGAAUUAG